GAUCCAGAAAUGCAUUGUCUGCUACCAAGCAAUGAGAAUUGCACAAAGCCACUGAAUCUUAAUGGAGGAUAUGAACACUUUGAAAAUGGAAAUGCUGCAAUAAGUUUCACUGGAGCUUUGCAAAUACCUGGAGUGGUAGAAUUCUCUCUCUGCCUAUUAUUUGCCAAAUUAGUCAGCUACACUUUUCUUUUCUGGCUUCCACUAUAUAUCACUAAUGUCGAGCAUCUUGAUGCCAAAAGGGCAGGUGAUCUUUCUACCCUAUUUGAUGUUGGAGGAAUUUUUGGUGGAAUUUUAGCAGGUGUAAUAUCAGACCGACUCAAAAAAAGGGCUACAACUUGUGGCAUGAUGCUGUUGAUAGCUGGACCCACUCUGUAUAUAUUUUCUGUGAUCAGUAAAAUGGGAUUAGAGGCCACAAUAAUUAUGCUGCUGAUCUGUGGAGCUCUUGUAAAUGGUCCAUAUGCAUUGAUCACAACAGCUGUCUCUGCUGACCUGGGUACCCAUAAAAGCCUUCAUGGAAACGCAAAAGCACUCUCAACUGUUACAGCCAUCAUUGACGGAACAGGCUCCGUAGGUGCAGCAUUGGGACCAUUGUUAGCUGGUCUUCUUUCUUCAUCUGGUUGGAACAAUGUCUUUUACAUGCUGAUGAUAGCAGAUGCCUGUGCCUUACUGUUUUUACUCCGUCUUAUACGAAAGGAACUUCGAUGUAGUCUUGACCAGACCUUGUUUAAGGAACACUAACUUUUAGACAAGAGAUUUAUUUAAAACAAUUGUUCUUAAAGAGGUUAAUCCAGAAAUCCUACUUGAUCCUUCUGAGAGGAAAGCUGCUAUAUAAAAGUCACAUUGCACAUCUUUCUUUGGAUUGCUGAUAUCCCUGGAAAUAAUAUUUGCAUGCAAAUCGCAUUUCCUGAAAAGCUUAUACAGUUAUUUUUAGACAUCAGAAUUUUGACUCUUUUGCACCUCCCCUCUUAACUUUGCACAUUAGCAUCAGGAAUGUAACAAUGUGAAACAAAGGAUCUCCUAGCUAUUCUACAUAGCAGAACUGAGCCAAAGAAAACUGUGCCUUUAUCCUCACUUUGUCAAAAUAUUAUACUACAUGAUUGCUUUUAUGUUUUGAGAGAAUAUACAGAUUGAAGACAAAAAGUGAGGGGAAUAAAUUAACUCUGGAUACUUUUUUGUAAUGUGGUAAAAAAUGAGCAAAAUGUGGACUCAGAUGUCUGUCCUGUUAUGUCAUGUUUACUUUUUGUUAAAAAAAAAAAAAACGACUGUUGAAUAUACAAUUAUUCCUGUUCAAAAUAUUCAGCUUUUUUAUUGUCCAUUGUUACUAAUAUCUCUCAUUGUACAAUUAAAUAUUGAACUUGAA